CGCUCCCGUUGCGCCUUUGUUUACUCCUCUCUUGUUCUCUUCGAUCCUCCGGCCGCCUCUCACUUUCCCGGAAAUGCCCUCCUCACAUGCGACGCACGGUGGAAAUUCGAAUCUCAAAUCUGACUGACUGCAUGACUGUCUCUUCUUCCCGAUCUCGAUGGCGCGCUGCAUUUGCGUUAAAUGUGGAAUGUGCGGAGGGCAGCAUGGUCAUUUUACGAACUCGCCAUCAGUCUUCACGCUGUCGUGCCAUCCCACGCUUGUUCGUUCGUUUUUCUCCUCUCCUCGGUUUCGCCCUCCCUUUUUUCUCUCCUCUCUCGCGUGGCCGACCUGUCUUAACAAAGGAGUACGAGUAUUAAAACCCCAUCGCCAUUCGCCCAACUCCUCCGUGCUCCCCCGGACGCACGGAUUGACAUACAAGCAGCGCCACCAAGAAACCAACCACCCGAAAACGCCAACCACACUUCUUCUUCCUCCUCGCGCGCCCGUCCCCCGGCGGCGCUCUGCUGAAAAUUCCUCUGUUUGAUUGGGGGAACACGGCCGGACGGCUCCAUCCAAGAGCUAGCACGCGCGCGGCGCGGAGCCGCCGCACCAUGGUGGCGAGCAUUGCCGGGGCGGCGGCGGCCUCGUCGUCGUCCUCGGCGCACGCGGCGGCGGGGGGACGUCGGGCCAGGAGGGAGCCGGCGUCCAUGCACGCCGGCGGCAUCCGGCGGUCGCGCUCGGAGCCGCACCUACGCUGCUCCCGGCGCGGCGGGUCCGCGGGCGCUGCGCUCACCACGAGCCGCUCCAUCGGCGUCUUCCCGUUCCAGUUCGGCGCCGCGCCGCUGCGCCCGCCCCCGCUCCCCGAAGCCGACGGCUGCCGGCCGCUGCUCACCGUGUGCUCGGGCGAGACGGACCCGGAUCCGGAGAUGCCGCAGGUCAGCACGCCCGAGGACCAUUGGCUGGACGCGCUCCUCGAGCUCCGCAAGCGCUUCCACGACCCGACCAAGCGCUUCUUCGCCGACGAUGACGGCCUCUUCGCCGCGGACGACGACGACGACUACCACCACGUCGACGGCGGCUGCGGCGUCAAGUACGACAACGAGGAGGAGGACGCCGCCGCCGCCGCCGAGGAGGAUGACGCGUGGGACCGGGACUCCUUCGGCAAGCUGCUGGCGCGGGCUCCUCUCGCCGAGGCCCGGCUCUUUGCGCAGCUGGCCUUCCUCUGCAACAUGGCUUACGUCAUCCCCGAGAUCAAGGAAGCGGAGCUGGAGAAACACUACGGAUUGCAGCUGAAGACGUCUUCGGUGAGGAAGAAGGCCGAGGCCGGCGCCAUAAGCGCCAAGCUGGACAUCGACUCCACCCGGCCGCCGGCCGCCGCGGCGCGUACUUCGACCUACGAGGUGUCCGCGGAGCCGCAGCCCCGGCGGCCGGUCCGGCGCUCGAACCACCUGGCCUACGAGGUGGCCGCGUCGGCGGCGUCCUACGUCCAGGCGCGGGCGCGGGGCCUGCUCUGGCUCGGCGGGGGCGGGCGGCGGCAAGGGGACGCCCCGGCCGCGGCGGGCAGCCCGGAGGACCGGCUGUACAACUCCGGGAUGGCCGCGUACGUGGCCGCGUCGACGGUGACGGCUGUAGUAGCCGCGGAGGACGAAGCGCGGCAAGAGGCCGCGCGCGACCUGCGGUCGCCGCUGUCGUCGCCGUGCGAGUGGUUCGCCUGCGCCGAGGCCGACAAGCGCACCCUGUGCUUCGUCAUCCAAGGCUCCGACUCCGUGGCGUCGUGGCAGGCCAACCUCCUCUUCGAGCCCACGGACUUCGAGGGCACGGGCGUCCUGGUGCACCGGGGCAUCUACGAGGCGGCCAAGGGCAUCUACGACCAGCUGAUGCCUGAGAUCCAGGCGCACCUGGCAUUAGCGGGAGCACACAAGGAGGCGCCGCCGCGGCUGCGGUUCACGGGGCACUCGCUGGGCGGCAGCCUGGCGCUGCUGGUGAGCCUGAUGCUGGUGUCGCGCGGGGUGGUCGCCCCGGAGUCGCUGCUCCCCGUGGUCACCUUCGGCGCGCCGUCCGUGUUCUGCGGCGGGCAGCGCGUGCUGGAGGCUCUGGGCGUCGGCGAGGGACACGUCCGCGCCGUGGCCAUGCACCGGGACAUCGUGCCCAGGGCAUUCUCCUGCCGGUACCCUGGCCACGCCGUGGCGCUGCUCAAGCGGCUCAACGGCGCCCUGCGCACGCACCCGUGCCUCAACAGCCAGAAGGUGCUCUACACGCCCAUGGGCAGGACAUACAUCCUGCAGCCCGACGGCAAGGCGUCGCCGCGCCACCCGUUCCUUCCCGAAGGCGCGGCGCUGUACCGUGUCGACCCGGAGGAGCGCGCGGCGGAAAGGCCCCUGGUGGCCAGCGCCAUGCGCGCGUUCCUCAACUCGCCGCACCCGCUGGAGACGCUCAGCGACCUCUCGGCCUACGGCUCCGAGGGCGCCAUCCUCAGGGACCAUGAGUCCGGGAACUACUUCCGGGCGCUCUACGCGCUCUCCAAGGUGCCGCCGCGCCGACGGAAGAAGCAACCGGAGAUCGUGUGGAGGCUCCCCGGCGUCGAGCGGCUGCAGCAGUACUGGUGGCCCGGGGUAGCCGGCAGCGUGCUCCCGAGGACGGCGCCGGUGGCUGUCCCUGUCCGGAACAAGGAGCUGGUCUCCGAGGCCUGAUGAGCCACUCCCAAGCUAGCAGGUCGGCAUUCUUUUGGGUACAUUGGAUCGUUGAGCACACGCGCAUGCUAUGGUACAUACGAGAGCGGGCACAUCUUUCGACUUUCUUCAUGUAGGUUUAGUGUAAAUUGUAUGCGUAUAGUAGUAGUAGCAUCGAUCUGGUCUGCAUGUUAUCAUGGUGGCUUGCAAAGUUGUGCAGACCGCUGAUGAAUGAGGCAAUGACGAUUUGUCAUCGGUUCAUGUUAUCCAAUGAACUCCAUUUGUAAAUUCCUUGUUCUGAUGGAAAAGAGUUUUUCUUUUUGUUGA